ACUCACCCACAGCCAUUCAACCGACCAAGCAAACCCCUCAAUCCCCGCAUCCCCAUUCAUCUGCCCCCUUUUCCUACUUGUUAGGAUGGGCCUCGCAGCCCCCCGAAAGUACUUCCCCGUUUCUGAUCUCCCAAUCCACCCCACAGUCGCUAACCAACAAACAGUAAAACUAAAAUUUCCGCCGACCCCCGAAACACCCACUGGGCCAGCAAUACCACUAAUUUCGGCCACCGGAUACUCACAUCCCACGGCUGGGAUCCCGGUUCUACCCUUGGCGAUACGUCCUCCGCUUACCAUUCCAGUGGGCACAUCACCGAGGCGUCGAACACGGGCGUGAAGAUUGUGCUCAAGGGGGAUAAUCUCGGUAUCGGGUGUAAAGGUGGUAUUAAAGAUGAUGAGUGCACGGGUUUAGACCUGUUCCAGGAUUUGCUUGGUCGAUUGAAUGGGAGGGAGGAGGAGGUUGAGAAGAGGGCUCAACAGAGGAAGGUGGAGUUUGCCAGCGGAAGAUACGGGAUGAAGUUUGUGCGGGGGGAGACAUAUUUCAGCAGCGACGUUGAUAAACUGAUCAAGGAUAUCAGGAGAGUGGAGGAGGAGAAGGCGGAAGCUGCGAAAGAGAAGAGGAGGGAGGAGAAGUGGAGGAAAAAGAACAAGAGGAAGGGUGCUAAAGCUGCUAAGGCUGAGCAGGAGGACAAAGUGGAUGAGAGCUCCACAUCACCACCCGCCGAAGAGCUGGCUAGUAAGGAGAAAAGACCCCAAAAGUCCGAAUCCUGUACACCAGCCCCCAUCUCUUCUCCUUCAGACUCAGAAACCAAGUCCAGGAAGCGAAAACGCUCAGGCAAUUCUAAGAGAGAGAGAAAGAGAAAAAGGGAUAAGAAAGACAAGGGGGACAAAAGGACGCGAUCCAAGGAAUUCUCUGACAUAGAGACACCUACUCCGGCAUCUGGUACUACAACUCCUACAGCUCUGACCGGAAGACACGCAAUCCGCCAUAGAUACAUCGCAGCCAAGAAAAGUGCAGUAAUGGAUACGAGAGCUCUAAAUGAGGUUUGUUUUGAACUUUUCUGUUUGUUGGUUUGUCAGGCUAUGUGUGCGCCGAUGCUGAUGUUUCUCUGCGGCAGAUAUUUAUGAUAAAAGCCUGACCUGUGUUUUGACACUAUACAGGUGUGGUGGGAUACUGUUACGAUGAUUAAGGGCAGGUUUGUAUACUAUAUUAAUAAUAGAGGUGCUGUUCGUUUCCUGCUAUAGAGAGUUUGCGCACGUAGACCUAGGUGGGAGUUAUUAACGAUGUCACUAGGGGUUGCCACUCGCAUCAACAGCCCAUCCCCCCGACAAUUGUUGAGUUUCUUAAAUUCCAUGUAUUUAAGAGGUCAAUACAUCAGCCAAUUCUUAGCUUUCAUGAAGCUUCUCUUCUCAGGAUUGUCCUUGAGAAGAAUAGCCACAAAAUCAUAUCUGAAUAGAGGCAUAAAAGUGUAGUUCGAGUGGGCAUUUGUGGUCCUCAAUUCCAGGUCCGAUUUUCAGGUUUUUACACCUUGACCAGGUGGGACUAAAGAACCAGGUGGCCAAGCCUUAUAUUGUUAUUAUAACUUAUAUUAACACCACCUAGGUCUCACUGCGCAAACUCUCUAAUGUGUCCUGGGCUACAUGCUAAUUCUGGGAUUGUACUCGUAAAAGUGCUGCGCUUUCGCGC